ACCCUCUACAAAGGUAUAAAAAGUGUAUUUCGAUUUUCAAUGCAUCGAUAGCCUAACGAUAGUGACCUCACGAAAUGAUCGAUGACAACACUGAAAUGUAUCGUUCCUAAUAGAAUUUUGAGGAUGUAAACAAAACAUUUGGGCUGAUAUCUGGCGCAAAUACCUGCUAAAUAAACCCAGUGAUGGAGUCGCCAGCGUGCCGUGUUUGUCUGCGAACUGGCGAAGACCUGGUGAACAUUUUUGAGGAGACUGUUGGAUUUGGACUUUCCAUCGCGGGUAUGCUUUCGAAGUGCACCGGCCUAAAAAUUGAGAGGGGUGAUCUGUUGCCCGAUAGCAUUUGCCCUUCAUGCCUGCAGGAUGCCAAAAAUGCCUUUAAGGUAAAGCAAAGUUACGACAGGCGCCGCCAACUCCACUGUCAUCAAAAGAAGGCACCCCUGCCAGAUAUCAAGAGUCGUGAACCAGUCCCGAAUGCUACGGAAAUUAAUGACGAACUGGUCGACGGCCUGCGGGAGAGUGACCUUCCGUUUGGAGACGAGUUCCAGGGUCAAGUAUUGAACGAACCACUGGAAGAAGACGUAUUCGAGCAAGAGCAUGAUCCUGAGUCAGAGUGCGAGAUCGGUUCAUGCGAUGGCGAAGUGGAGAGCAAGGUGGAGAAAGACGAUUUCCAGCGAAACGAAGACUACGACGAGGAUGUAGGUUGUGAGCCAAGCAAUAGUGAUGAUGAGGAUAAUAGCUUUCUGUAUAAAUGCUACUACUGUCCAAAAACGUUUACUUCAAAACCAGCACUCGAGAUGCACUCGCGGAUACACACUGGAGAUCGACCGUUCAAGUGCACCCAUUGCUGGAAGACCUUUUCCCACAACACGUACCUUCAGCGACACUUGGAAACGCAUUCAAACAAGCCGUUCAAGUGCUCCAUCUGUGCGAAGACCUUUGCAUAUAACUCAACUCUCGUUAAGCAUUUUCAGAAACACUCAGAAAAAGAACCUUUCAACUGUACGCGCUGCUCAAAGCCUUGUCCAAGCCUUGGACAUCUUCAGGCGCAUAUUCGAAAACACCAUGGAGGAGAACAAGACUUCAAGUGUACUUACUGCCCAAAGUCUUAUUCCACGCUUAACAAUCUUCAGGUGCACCUGAAAAGGCACACAAAAUAGAUUUAUACUGUCGCAAAGACUACUCCAAGAAAAAAAUCAUCGGGAUUGUGCAUAACAAAUUUUUGUCUGCAAAGGACUUUCGGGCAAAACAUCUUAAUAAUUAAUAAAAUAUAGUAUAGGGAUUUUAUUAUUUGCUUGUAUCGUUUUCAACGAUAGUUACAUCACGAAUGUAUCGAUAAGAACACUGAAAUUUUGCAUCCCUAAUAUAAUUUCGAGUAUGUAAACAAACCAUUUGAGCGGGUUUUCUGGCCUAAAUAUUUUUUAAAUAAAGCCGUGAAAGUUCA